CAGUGUAGGUAAGGUACUAAGGCAUGCUCAUUGCCCAUCAGUUCUAUCUUGAUUAGAACGGUACUAAACAAUGAAUAUGAUUGGCCAAAAGAUAUAUUACUCAUUGUUAAGGAAAUCAUUAUGAACGACGUUGUUACUUUUUUCUUGCGUGACAUAGAUGUUAUUAUAUGUUUUUCUUCGUUGCACAUUUAUUUAAGUAAAGCCUACACUUAAAUUGCUCUUUGCACUUAAAGCCCCGAUAAACCUGAAGCCCUUUUAACACUUUUCGCCUAUGACGACACUAGUGCUUGUAAUGCAGUCCGCCAGGUCUUGGAGCUGCCACUGAUUCUGCUUUUGUUGAAUUAGUUCUUUUACCUAUUUCGUGUGUGACAUUGGGUUCUAUACAGAAUGUAAAAGUAGGCUUGACCCCUACUAAUUGUUAUGAACUCAUUUCUUGAAUGUUGUCUCAAAGAUUGCAAAUUAUUUCUAAGUAUUACCCUACAUAGCACUUUUCAUGGUUGCAGCUCCUUGUUCUUUAUGUUUUCUUAAAUUUAGAGAUUCUUAAGCAUCCAUUCUUUACAUGAAUGUGAAUUUUCUUCAGGUUUAGAGUAUUUAUGCAGCUAAAAGUGCAGUAGUAUAUCUUGGUCUAGAGAGAGGAUAUGUUAUUUUUGAAAUAGUAGUAGCUAUUUUUCAGCGUUUUGCUCUUUCUUUCCAGCGGCAGGGAGGAGAAUUAGGAUUUCGGAAAAUCCGUGUUGGGAUUUUAACAUGAGUGAGAUAUCUACAAAUUGCCUGAAUGAACUCCCGCUGCACUAACUGACCUUUGUUAUUUCUUCCAUUUGCGCGUUUUUCGCAUGAAUCCCCUGCUUUAAUCGACAAAGGGGAGGUUCGGGUGAAUAGCUGGUGAUUUCAACUUAAUCAAUUUCUCACAGACCGAGCUGAUCCUGUGAACGAUUUUCACUUUGACUAUGUAUUUGUGCCAGUGAUUUCUUUACCUAAAGUGUACUUGCAAAAUAAAUAUUUGAAGUCCUUACAAGAUGGGAGAUGGGAAGGAUAUCCGACCACUAGUUGUUGACAACGGAACUGAAAUAUGCAAGGUUGGCUUUGCUGGGGAGGAUUCUCCAAGGACUGAUUUUCCAAGUAUAGUUGGACGUCCUCGUCACAUUGGUGUCAUGGUUGGAAUGGGACAAAAAAGUGCCCAUGUUGGUUAUGAAGCUCAGUGUAAAAGAGGUUUCUUGAAUCUGAAACAUCCAAUUGUACAUGGUAUCAUAAGAAACUGGGAUGAUAUGGAGCAAAUCUGGCACCAUACAUUUUACCAUGAGCUCGGUGUUGCUCCCGAGGAGCAUCCCGUCCUCCUGACUGAGGCACCACUUAACCCCAAGGUAGAACGAGAGAAAAUGACUCAAAUCAUGUUUGAGACAUUCUAUGUGCUAGGCAUGUAUGUUGCGAACCAGGCGGUUCUUCCUCUGUUUGCUAGCGGUCGUACAACUGGUAUCGUGCUUGAUUCUGGUUCCAGUGUGAGCCACACUGUCCCUAUCUAUGAGGGACAUGCACUUCCGCAUGCUAUCUCACGGUUAGGUCUUGCUGGUCCUGAUCUUACAAAAUAUCUUCACGAGAUUCUCUUGAAGAGUGGUUAUGUAUUUCACUGUGCUGCUGAGUUGGCAAUGGUUAAUGAUAUGAAGGAGACUAUUACUUACGUUGCACUGGAUUUCAAACAGGAGAUUGAGAAGGCAAAAGGAUGUAGCUCACCAGUUGCCAAGCACUAUGUGCUUCCAGAUGAACAAUAUUUUGACCUUGAUUCCCGUUGCCCUGAUGUCUUAGCUCAUGGUUCUGAGAGGUUCCGUUGCCCUGAAGCCCUCUUCCAGCCAUCAUUGGUUGGAAAGGAAGAGAGAGGAAUUCAUGAAAAGCUCUACAACUCAAUCAUGAGAUGUGACGUUGAUAUUAGGAAAGAUUUAUUCGCAAACAUCGUGCUUAGUGGUGGCUCGACUAUGUUUCUUGGCAUGGAAGAACGUAUGAGCAAGGAAAUCACCACUCUUGCUCCAAGCAGAACGAAGAUCGAGGUGAUUGCACCUAAGAGGAAGGACAGUGUCUGGAUCGGAGGAUCAAUUCUAGCUUCCCUCAGUACUUUCAAACGAGUUAGUCUCUCUUCACUUUCUAUUUCAUUGAUCAAUAAAUCAAUCUAUUAUGUCUUUAGUCUCAAAUACAUUGGUUCUAAUAUCUGUGUCCCAAUGCAGAUGUGUGUAACAAAGGGGGAGUACGAUGAAUAUGGUCCCUCAAUUGUCCACAAGAAAUGUUUCUAAGCUCGGUGAAGAUGUUAUACUCUUUUGUUCUUAGCUUGAAAGCUAAGGUUUUUGUUCAUCCCUUUUUAUUGUUGUAGGCUAUGUCUUUCGCACCCUCUAAAACUGUUGUUGCACUCGUGUUGGAUCCUCCUAAAAUGCAUACAUUUUGGAGGAUCCAACACACACCCGUAAUAAUUUUUAAGAGUCUGAGUAACAUAAGUUGUAGGUGACAUGAAUGAAUGCAGAUAUAUUUUGAAAUUGAAAAUCCAAUAGACAGAGGAAGCAUUUUGUCCCACUUUGGCAAGAAGAAUAAGUGACAAUAGAUCGUGGACAAGUUUCUUUCUUUUUUUUUUUUUGAGGGAGGCAACAUAAGUUUUCUCGUGUGAUCAUAAGUCACGGGUUCAAGUCACGGAAUCAGCCACUGUUGUUUGCGUGCGUUUGAAUAGACUGCCUAUAUUAGAAAAGUGAGAACACAAUAUUUUAUGCACUGUGUUGUAUUCUAGAAA